CUCACAGCCAGCAGCAGCAGAGGCCCCGCCCUAUUUCCUUUGGAUACUGGGAUUGUUGCCUAGUUUCUUCCGUGUGAUGACGUCACUUAGUAACCGCCAAUGUCCACGAAGCUUCUCCCAGAGCCCCGCCCACCGACCUCUGUCACUUUCAGUCCAGGAAGCGUCCGGCUUCUCGUAGCUACGCUACGGCCUCGGCCUCUCCGGAAUCAUGGCGGCGAGUCAGCAGUGGGUGUUGGUGGAGAUGGUGCAGGCGUUCUAUGAGGCACCUGCAUAUCACCUGAUACUUGAAGGGUUUCUUAUCUUGUGGAUUAUUCGUCUCAUAUUUUCCAAGACUUAUAAACUCCAGCAACGAUCUGACCUUACAGAAAAGGAGAAGGAAGAGUUAAUUGACGAUUGGCAUCCUGACCCUCUUGUCCCUCCUGUCUCUAAAGAUCACCCAGCCCUCAAUUAUAACAUUGUUUCAGGCCCACCAAGCCACAAGAUUGUUGUCAAUGGAAAAGAAUGCAUCAAUUUUUCAUCCUUCAAUUUCCUUGGCCUUCUUGAUAAUGAUAGGGUUAAGAGUGCUGCAUUGGCAUCGCUUAAAAAGUAUGGUGUUGGAACAUGUGGCCCAAGAGGUUUCUACGGUACAUUUGAUGUACAUUUGGAGCUAGAAGAAAGACUUGCUAAGUUCAUGAGGACAGAAGAAGCAAUCAUCUAUUCUUACGGAUUUGCCACCAUUGCAAGUGCUAUUCCAGCUUACUCAAAACGUGGAGACAUAGUAUUUGUGGAUGAAGCUGCAUGUUUCGCCAUUCAGAAGGGGCUACAAGCAUCAAGAAGCAACAUCAAGUACUUCAGACAUAAUGAUAUGUGUGACUUGGAGCGAUUGUUAAAGGAACAGGAAGUAGAAGAUCAAAAGAUUCCACGUAAAGCCAGAGUGACCAGAAGGUUUAUCGUUGCUGAAGGACUGUAUAUGAACACUGGAGGCAUCUGUCCUCUUCCUCAACUGGUUGAGUUAAAAUACAAAUACAAAGUAAGAAUAUUCCUGGAGGAAAGCCUCUCGUUUGGCGUUUUAGGGGAACAUGGCCGAGGAGUUACCGAACACUUUGGAAUAAAUAUUGAUGACAUUGACUUGAUAAGUGCAAAUAUGGAGAACGCUCUGGCUUCCAUCGGAGGUUUUUGCUGUGGCCGAUCAUUUGUCAUUGAUCAUCAAAGACUAUCUGGUCAAGGUUACUGUUUUUCAGCAUCUCUUCCCCCUUUACUGGCUUCUGCAGCUAUUGAAGGUCUUAACAUUAUGGAGGAUUCCUCAGAAAUAUUCUACACCUUAAAAGAAAAGUGCCAAAGAAUCCAUAAAGGUUUGCAAGGUGUUGAAGGUUUAAAGGUUGUUGGUGAGAACUUCUCCCCUGCCUUUCAUCUGCAGUUAGAAAAAAGCAUUGGAUGCCGAGAAAAAGACACAAAACUGCUACAAGAUAUCAUAGAUUUUUGCAUGAAUAGGAAAAUUGCAUUAACUCAAGCUCGUUAUUUGGAGAAAGAGGAGAAAAAUCUCCCACCACCAAGCAUAAGAGUGAUAGUGACUGUCGAGCAAACAGAUGAAGAACUAGACAUGGCUGCCUCAGUGAUCAAGCAAGCAGCCUCUUUGAUACUCCAUUAAUGUUUUUGAGUUGAUACACUUGUAAUAAAUUACGGACAUGAUCGUGCUGGGAAGCUCUUUUUAAUGUGAGGAAUGCAGAGAGAAGAUACUACAUGUAGCUUUAUAGCAGCGUACAUACCGGGUCUGAGAGAGUGAAAAGAAUGAACUGGUGAGGGGGUAGGAACUAGCAGAAAACCAAAUAACGUUUAUGCACAGAUUAUGCCAUGGACCUUUUUAGUACUGUUACGCUGUGAUUUUUUAAAAAGAAUUCUGUUUACUUGCAAAUAAAUGCAAAGAAGUUAUUCCCUACAAAGAAGUGAAUGGAAACCCAUUUUAUUAGUCUUUUUUAUGCUAAGUGGGACAAAAGCAUUACAUCUUCCAUCAUAUUUAUUGCAUUAAAGAAGCCUCCUGCAGCUUUCUAGAAGACCUGUAUAUUUCUAGUUACAGCUUAUGUGCUUAUUAUUUUGAUGGGUGCAUGCAUCUAUAUAAAUGUACACUUAUAGGCAGAGGAGUACAUGAGUACCGUUUUUUUUUAAGAGACGUGACUGUCACUAUUUUAUAUUCCUAACUGGAUAAAAGUAUAUAGAAUAACUGAAUUUUUUUAUAGACUAAAAUGCCUAUUUCUUACAACUCUGACCUGUCAUAUUGGCAUCAUUUCAUUUUUUAUAACAUUCAUACCUCUAAAGCUACACUGAUGACACUCCUGUAUAUGAAUUUAACACUUAAUUUUCAGCAUUCAUGUACAUAGAGCCAUAAGAUCUUGUUUUAGUGUUGUGAUGGGGCUGUGCCUAUCUGUAACAUAUAUGCUUCUAUCCGAAACAUAGAAGUACUAUGCUCUUUGUAUAUGCGAGAUGUGAAUGGAUGCAAGUUCGCCAUCGUAGAACUUGGCAGUGCCAUAAGCGAGGGCUGUAUUUCUCAUGAUUCCUGCAAUCACAUUAGCUACCUAAAGGCAUCUAUCCGUUUUACAAAUAUUAUUGAAACAUGUCACCUUAAGGGCAAGAAAUCAAGUUUUGCUACUUUCUGACCAUUUUUAAAGGGGUUGUCCCACAAAAAAUAUUCUACAGUUUUUAAACAAGCACUUGGAUCUGAAUACUUUUAUAUAUGCAUGUAAUUACAAAUUUAGCAUAGCCACGGAGUUAUUCAGUCAAAUGUUUCUGUAUGGCUCCACCUGCUGUUUUUUUUCUUAUUUCUUUGACCUGCUCACUGAGAAGGCCGCACAUGCUCAGUUUUGUCCUCCUGAGCUGUGAUAGGGAGAGCUGAG